AUGAAAGCCAUCUCGCUUGCGCUGAGCGCCCUCGCGGGGCUGCUCGCCACAUGUCAAGCAUCGUAUAAUCCGCAGCUCCAGCAACCAUUGGACCCAAAAUUGACCCUCAAUUCAGCCAAGGAGCGUCCGAACAUUGUGUUUAUCCUGACCGAUGACCAGGACCUCCAAUUGGAUUCGCUGUCGUAUAUGCCCCUGACCACAAAGCAUCUGAAGAAAGGCGGCACCUUCUAUAAGAACCACUUUGUGCCCACGGCCAUCUGCUGUCCAGCGCGCGUCAGUCUGUGGACUGGGCGAUUCGCGCACAAUACCAAUGUGACCGACGUUAGCCCGCCAUACGGUGGAUAUCCGAAAUUCGUGGAAAGAGGAUUCAAUUCCAAUUUCCUUCCAGUCUGGCUGCAGAGCGCUGGAUAUCAAACAUACUACGUGGGCAAGUUGUUCAAUGCACACACCGUGGACAACUACAAUGCCCCAUACGUUGCUGGAUUCAACGGAUCCGACUUCCUGCUCGAUCCCUACACGUAUUCCUAUCUCAACGCCACCUACCAGCGAAAUCACGACCCUCCAGUGAGCUACGAAGGCCGCCACACGGUAGAUGUAACCACGGAGAAAGCACUUGGUUUUCUGGAUGAUGCCAUCGCCACGCAGCAGCCUUUCUUCCUGGGCAUUGCCCCCGUAGCUCCCCAUUCCAAUGUGGAUCCGUCAUUCAAGACCAGCGAGAAGUCCAUCAUUAAGAUGACUGAGCCAAUCCCGGCAGAUAGGCAUAAGCAUCUAUUCCAAGAUGUGAAGGUUCCAAGGACAGAACACUUUAAUCCGGACACUCCCAGCGGCGUGAACUGGAUCAGCCGGUUGCCGAAACAGAACCGGAGUAAUGUCGACUACAACGACCACUUCUACCGCUCUCGUCUGCGAGCAUUGCAAGGGGUUGACGAGCUGGUCGACAAGGUCGUGACUCGUCUUGCAGAUGCUGGAAUCUUAGACAACACCUAUAUUAUAUAUACCUCCGACAAUGGGUAUCAUAUUGGCCAACACCGCCUGCAACCUGGCAAGGAGUGCGGAUUUGAGGAGGAUAUCCGUGUCCCACUUUUUAUCCGUGGUCCUGGUGUGGCUGCAGACUACACUGAGGAGACGGUGACCACGCAUAUUGAUCUCGCGCCGACGGUGUUCCAAAUCGCAGGCAUCAAACAGCGAGAGGAUUUUGAUGGCGUGCCGGUUCCGCUUACACGCAAUUCUAGAGCCACUCGCCAUGAGCAUGCGAACGUGGAAUUCUGGGGCAUUGCACUUCCCGAGGGCGAGUAUAAUUAUCUCGGACCCGACAACCCUCCUAUUAUUACAAACAACACAUACAAGGGACUCCGCAUCCACGGAAGCGGCUACGACCUUUACUACUCUGUCUGGUGCAGCGGCGAACAUGAGCUCUACGAUUUGACGAUCGACCCUUACGAGCUCGACAACAUUUACCCAACGAGUGAUAUUGAUGGAGACGACAAAGUCACGAUCCUGGGCUACCCCAGGACUCAGGUCAUCAACCGUCUCGACGCACUUCUCCUGGUUCUCAAGUCGUGCCAGGGGAUUACCUGCGUCAAGCCAUGGGAAGUACUCCACCCAGAGGGUGACGUGCAGAGCCUCCACGACGCCCUGAACAAGAAGUUCGAUGACUUCUACAGCCAGCAGGUCAAGGUUUCCUACGACCGCUGCGAAUCCGGGUAUAUCGUCGAGGCGGAGGGACCGCAGGUUCCGCUGACGUAUCGGAAUGGAAUCGCCUGGCAUCAUUGGGUUUGA